AUGGGUCGUUCAAGAUCUAGAAGUAAAACACCAAGGCGACAUCAUAAAAGCAGUAAACACUCUCGAAAGAAGAGUCGUUCUAAAGAUAGGUCCUCGUCGCGUAGCAGAAGUUCUAAGCAUACCGAAAAAACUAGAGAAAGAAGUUCUAAGUCACGUAAGCGAUCACAUUCAAUUUCUUCCACUUCAAGCACCGAAGGCUCGUAUGAUGGUAACAGGGGAAGUAGGAAGAAAUCCAAAGGACGUAGCAAAAUGGAUGAAGUGGACCGACUUGCUGAAAUGGAAAGACAAAGACGUGUCAGAGAAGCAGAACAAAAGGUAGUUGAAGAAGAAGCAGCAAAGCGAAUAGAAUUGCUCGUAAAGAAAAGAGUCGAAGAAGAACUUGAGAAAAGAAAAGAUGAAAUAGAACAAGAAGUUGCAAAGAGAGUUGAAGAAGCAAAACGGAAAAUGGAGAAGGAAAUGAUGGAGGAACUGCAACGACAAAGGGAGCAGCAACGACGGGACGAGUUAGCUAGACAGGAGGCAGAAGCUCGUAAACGGAAAGAGCUGGAGGAAAUCAUGGCUGAAAAUAAUAAAAAAAUAGAAGAGGCACAGCGGAAACUGGCCGAAGAGAGACUUGCGAUGAUUGAAGAACAAAGAAAAAUGGAUGAAGAGAGACAAAAACUGAAAAAAGAACAAGAAAAAAGAAUAAAAGAAGAACAAAAGAAGAUACUGGGGAAAAAUAAUUCAAGACCGAAGUUAUCAUUUUCAUUGAAACCACUUUGA